GACCCCGCCGUCCCAACCGCCCGCCGAGGACGAGUCGGACCCGUCUUCCAGCGGCCACUCCUCCGGCCCUUGGGAGAGGAACGAGCUGAAAAGCAGCUGGUCCCGGUGGCACCGAUCCACGUGAGCGAGCCCGAGGUGUGGAAGAGCCUGGGCAGAAGAGCAGGAGGAAGAACCUACAGAGGAAAGCAGGAGAAGGAGGGACAGUUGGCUUCUGGGGAGGAUCCAGAGCAGCAUCGCGGUUGCCGGCCACCCGGAGAGGUUCCCCCGCCCGCGGGCGAGCAGCGCCAUGGCCAGCGGCGGCCAAACGGCCGACCCUCGGGACAGCAGGAGACACGCUUACAUCUACCAUCAGGCCGUGCGGGACCAGCAGCCGGUGUGGCUGCUGGAGGACAUGAGAACCAUGGAGUAUUUCUACUGGGAGGAGAAUGCCAACAUGAGAGUCUACUCCCCCUCCGAAGCCCUGCUUUACGCCGUCGUCCACAACCACCUGCCUUACGCCCAGUACCUCCUAACCCACUUCCCCCAUGAGGCCCUCCAGCUGCCCGGGGACGGCGGCUACUCCUGCCCUUCCUUGGCCCGGCACCUGGCCAUGGCCGUCACCUACGACCGCAGGGACAUCUUGGAGCUCAUCAUCGAAAUAGCCCGGAAGUACGCCAGCCUCCGCUCCUACAUCAACCGGACCGGCUGCGUCCACCUGGAGGACGGGAAGACCCCGCUGCACCUGGCCUGCGAGCUGCUGCGGGUGGAGACCGUGCUCAUCCUGCUGGGGAACGGGGCGUCGCCGGCCGUCGAGGACAGCCGAGGCUUGACCGCUUUAGACCGGGUGCUGGAGGAGAUGAGGGACUCCGAAGUGAAUUUAGCCACCAAACACUUGUGUCUGGAGCACCUCAUGCUGUUCAGCCCACGGCCGCCCCAUUUCAAGCUGCGCCAGAACCUGCAGGAGCAGUCCGAGUUCUGGAUGGAGCUGCUCGGACCGGACAAGUUCACCUGCCUGGCUGGGACCGGCCCCCCGUCGCUCUUCUUCCAGGCCAUGCAGGUGGUGAUGCAGGCCCUGCCUCCGGCACGCUUCCCCAGCAGCAUUCAGGAACUCCCCAUCCCCGAGUUCCUGAAGCCCCUGCCUGCCCAGGCCCAUAGGAGGAAAGAGGCCUCGCCAGAGGUACUGGGAGACAGAACAAAGGACCCACCGCCCGACGCUCCGCCCAACCCCAGAGAUUGAGCUGCGAGCAGCAAAACAGACCUGACUUCUAGACGUUGACCGAGUGACAGCCGUGAGGGCGUGAGAUGCCGAGGGAGCCCCGCUGACCUCUACUCCAAGCAAGAGGACACCUCGGACCUUCCGGGAGGGAACCGACCAUCUCACCCUCCUUGUUAUUUGUGCAGGACGGCAAAUGUUGCCGACAGUGUUGUCUGUAUAUAGGCUAAACUACCCAUUUAAGAUGCCUGCAGGUUCGGGGGCUUAUACUGAUCUGCUCCUCCGAUGCUGACUGAACCCCAACUCCCGCAGAGACCCUCCCCUUAAACAUUGCCGAAGAAACAGUCUGUGAAGGCCCUUGGGAGUUUCCCAAAGUAACUUGGAGCCUGUUGGGUUUUUGUUUGAUUUUAUCAAGAUUGGUAUAUAUAUAUAUAUUUGAACGUUAAACUGAUGCUACUCUUUCUGGUCACUCAGUGGGGUUCUGGGUCAUAGAGGGACUACUAAAUUGGGAGCCCAGAAUUCCUAUUCCCUGCUAUUUCAAAGGGGUACAGAGUAGGGUUGGGAUAAGCCUGGGAUUGAUCACUCCUGGACACCAAGAGUCAAAAAGAUAGCCUCAAAAGCUAACGUUGGGAGCGGUUUGGAGUUCUGCCAAGGAACCCGAGUCCAGGUGUGUUUUGACAUGAGCUGAGCCCUAAAUCACUCGACCCCUGUGCCUGACUGACAUCUGUAAGAUGGGGAUAACGUCUAUACCCCGAAGUAAUAUCUGAACCCUUCUUUCCCUCAUCCCUCCCACUGCUCUAGUUCUCGGUUUUAGAACCGCGCCUCUGCCUGAUCCACUAGUUUCAGCUUAGUCGGGACCAUCCAGAAGUAGGUCAGCCUGGGACUCAAACAAGGUGGUCUAGGAUCCAUCACUAAACUAAGGCUCUUUUGACAGGUGCAUUCCAGCAAGGGAAAUGGCCAUGAUGUACUAGAGCACCGAUAGCCCUCCACUACGCAUGUAGAUUAAAAAUCUGACACUUUCUGGGACUAAGAACUCCAGAGAGCACAAGGACAACAGCAUACACACAAUUCUCUUGCCAUAGAAAUUGGUCAGGCCCAGCUGGACCUGUGUGUCCAACUGUUCGUUACAUUACAUUCCUGAAUGUGGUGAGAGUUGAAGCAGGUAGCAUCUAAAGGAGGCAUGUGAGAA